AUGCCGCCGUCCCCGGGAGGGGUCAACUACUCCUCUGUGUCGGGGAGUGACCAGGACGACGACACCACCGAGAUCAUGUCGCGCAUGGACACGGACGGCUCGGGCAGCGUGGACAAACCAGAGUUUGUCAAACUGCUCACCAGCAUCCUGGAGGAGUACGCGGCGGCGUGA